UGACAUUUUCUACAGAAAAAACACUUGGAGAAAAUAAGGAAGAUUAAUGCAAUGCCUGUAAUUCAAUGCUGUUAAAGUUUAAUGGGUUUUAUUUCAGGCGCCCUGUUCAGUGUUGCUAGCACCCAAAGCCAUCAGUACUACUUUGUGAACACGUUGCUAACAUGGACAGAAGCUCAGAGCGUCUGCAGACGGGACUUCACUGAUCUGGCCACCAUUGAAAGCACAGCUGAUGUUGAUGACUUUCUAAAUACCACCUCCGGUUAUACAGGCAAGGCAUGGAUCGGUCUCUACGACGACACAAUAAACAGCUGGAAAUGGUCCCUAAAUGACAGCAGCUUCUAUGGUCCUGGAGAAAAUUCAUUUAGGAACUGGCAUCCUGGCCAACCCGACGAUUAUUAUGGACAACAGCAUUGUGUCAGGUUUUAUGGUUCUAGUGUUAACUCAUUGGGCCAAUGGGAUGACGAUGAGUGCAUGGGAACAAGGCAGUUCGUGUGCUAUAAUGGUACAGUAGGUGGAUCACCAUCCUAUGUUUUGAGUAACAUUUCAUUAACCUGGACAGAAGCUCAGAAAUUCUGCCGUCAGAAUUAUGUUGACCUGGCCAGUGUACGAAAUCAGGCAGAAAAUGAAAUCAUCAGAACCCUAGUAGGUGCCAACAUUGUUUGGAUUGGACUGUAUCGGGAAAAGCUGUGGUCUGAUGGCAGCACCUCUCUGUUUCGAUACUGGGCAAAUGGCAAGCCCAAUGGACCAUCUGGUGAACAGUGUGUUGCUGGAUCAUUUAGUGACUCUGGAAGAUGGUCGGAUGAAAGUUGCACCCUGAGUUUGCCAUUCGUCUGCUUCAAACCAAUUCCAUCAAAUGCAAAAGGUUUUACAACUUCAGCUCAGGAUGAGAGCAGCAUCACUAUGCAGUGGAACAAGAUCAACAACAGCACCAGUUUUGUUCUCCUGUAUAAUGGAUCAGAGACAUUCAUCAGAGCCCCAGAUGGAGAUGGGCCAGUGAACUACACAGUCUCAUCUCUCACUCCUACAACAAACUACACAUUCACUCUCUUCUCUGUUCUUGACAACGUCAGGAGCAGUGGCAUCAAAAUUACUGCAGCUACUGCUCCUCAAAAUGCAGAAGGAUUUACAAAGUCGGGACAAUAUAAGAGCAGCAUCACCCUGCAGUGGAAUAAAAUCAACAUCAACACCAGCUUUGUUCUCCAGUUUAACGGCACAGAGACAUUAAUCAGAGCACCAGAUGGAGAUGGACCAGUGAACCACACAGUCUCUUUUCUCACUGCUGGAACCAAAUACACAUUCACUCUCUACUCUGUGUUUGAGAACGUCAGAAGCAGUGGAGUACAACUUGUAGCUUUCCUUGAACCACGUUAUGUCUCUAGAAUGAAAGUACAAUUAACUUCUCAAAGAAAACUGUCAGAAUCAGAGAUGGAAGAGGUUUUAGCAGAGUACCUCAAAGAAAAUGGUUUAUCACAGUUUUCCAUGAAAAUUCGCAUCAUCAAACCAUAAGAGACGAAGAAAGUCAAGGACGACGUCUUGGAUCAGCCCAGUUGCAAUGAUGAAUAUUUACUUCUGCCUGUUCUCUUAAAUUGUAUAUAUUGUUUUCAGCAACAUUUAUUUUACUUGGACAACUUUUUAUAAGAGAUUGUUUAAAUAAUAUAUCAUUGGUGAAUCUAUUUCUGUCUCACUAGUGGUUCAGGUGUCUGACUUUUUGUUUACCAGAUUCAGUUCAGUUAAUCAGGAUUGCUGUAAUGAUUUUUGUAUAAAUAUAUUGUGUUGGAUUGUUAUUGAGCUUAAUGAUGGUAGUAAUUUUUGUGUCUUUGAAGGCAACGU